CACAUCCUGACAGCAAAUUCAACCUCCCCCCGCCAUCCAUCCGCCUCGCUGUUCUCGCGCGGCUCUCUUCUCUGUUGCAGGCCAUGGCAGAGCGCAACCACUACGCUCAGCCCAUGGACUUUGAGUACGAAAACAAGCGUGGCGCCGUCGAUCCUUCGUCGCCGUUCAUCUCCAGUCUCCAGCACAGCAGCUCCUUCAGUGCAUCGCAGGGCGACCUCGGUCCCACUUGGCGAUUGCAGUCUGAGAUAGACCAGCGCAAGACCAAUUCGCAGAAGCGGCCGUUUGCGCAGUACGAGUCGCCGCUAAAGAAAACAGAGACGCCGGCAUUGAGACCGCCCGGUGCCGGCCAGAGCGUGCUGUUCUCGCAGCCUCAGCUGGACACGAACAAGAAGCUGCCGCCAAAGCCAUCGGACGCGGCCACGCUCUGGACCACGCCGCGAAAGAGCAGCCAGCUCGUGGACUUCUCGUCCGGUGGGGAGACGCCGGACACGGAGAAUUGGAAGGCGGACUCGGAGGCGACGCCAGAGACGACGCCGAGCAUGGGCCUAAGUAAAGGAUUCGCCAAGCUGUUUGGCAGCGGCAGCAAGAAAAACGGCAGCAAGGCAAAGGAGCUGAUCAGCGUGAGCAAAGGAAGCCCGACGGCGGGCAAGGGCGAGAUCAAGCCGUACUCGCAGCGGCUUGUGGGCAGAGUGCAAAAGAAAAGGGAGAAGGAGGCGUCGAAGCGGCGCAGAUUGCUACGCGAGGCCGUAGACUCCGAGACCGAAGCGGACACGGACGUCGAGCAGAAGAAGGCGAAGCCAGCCGCCAAACAGGGCUUUGACGUCGGCGGUUUCUUCCACUACCUGGAGUCGCACCCGCACCUACCCCACGUCCUCUCCUUCUACGCGCAGCUCGCGCUCAACGUCUUCUUGAUCUUCGGCAUCAUGUACAUCCUGUACUCGUUCUGGUCGACCAUCCGCUCGGACGUCGACAAGAAGGCGCAGGAGGCCAUGGCCGAGGUGCUCGCCGAGAUCGCGGUGUGCGCCAAGCACUGGAAGGACAACCAGUGCGAACGCGGCACCGUGCUGCCGGCCCUGGAGGCGGUGUGCAGAGAGUGGGAAAAAUGCAUGAACAAGGACCACAGGAGUAUUGGACGCGCAAGGGUUAGUGCGCACACGUUCGCGGAGAUAUUCAAUUCAUUCAUCGAGCCCAUCAGUUGGAAGGCCAUGGGCUUCACCGUCGUCGUCCUCGUCUUCUGCUUCGCCAUCACAAACGCCACCUUUUCGCUCUUCCGUCGUAAUACUGACGCACAUCCCAACCCCUUCAACCCCAGCAUGCCGCAGGUCCCGCCGACUCCGCAGAGACACCCGAGCUGGGAGAUGCAGCCGCAGUACGGCUUCACGCCGUACAGCUCACAAUAUGGGCUUCCUCCGCCUCAAUGGGGACAGCCGCCAGGUCUGGAACCUGCGCCAAGUCAGGGCAGUCUGGGGAGUCAGGGCAGCCCGAGGAAGGUGAGGGGAACGGAAAGCCCCAAGAAACAGAGGCAGCUCGAGCUGUGACGAGACGGCAGAUCUGGGUUUGGUCUUGUGACGGCGUCCGGAUGGUUGGAUUGGGAACAAAAGCAUGUACAUGGACACAACGCGAAGCCGGGAAGAGGAACGGCCUUGUACUAGUAUCAUCAUGAUGGAAAUCAAGCAACGCCCAGGGCGGAUUUCCUUUCCGUCGUGCAAUCCGUGUCUGAUGCAGCCUCGACCA